UUGUCGUACUGUUUUCGACCAAAAGAACGCAAUAUAAUAAUGGAUUACUUUCAAACGAUAUGCCGAAUCUGCCAGGCGCAGGAGAAUUUGUGUGAUUUGACGAAUAAACUAAACGAAUGUGUCGCGGAAAAGUUGUCCUCACUGACCACGAUCCGGAUCCAGCAAGAGGACGUACUACCCCGCUGCAUCUGUGUAGAGUGCGUCAACACGCUCAACCUGGCCUACGACUUUCUGCUGCGAUGUGAAGCGGCCGAGCAGAAGUUACAAGACGAGAUUCAGCUACAACAGAUGGAAGCCGAUAAAGACUCUCUGGAAGUAGAAGAUCAGAAACCUCUGAUCGAAACGGUCGAGUAUCUAGUAGAUAUAGUCGAUGUAGACGUACCGGUUAAGGGUAACUCUAACCAGGAUCUAGAUGAGAUCAAAUUAACAGAUUCCGUGAAUCCAACUGAGAUAUCCGAGGAGGCAAAUCAACCGGAAGAGCAACUGGACGGUUCUAUUCCGGUGUCGUAUGCCAUAGAGGAAUUUCUGGAAGAAAAUGAAGAGGACAUUGUGGAGGAAGAGGACGUGGUUAGUGUGUUGUUCGAUGACUCGCAGAAUCCGUCGGUGUUGGAAGCGGCGAACACCGGCGAGAAGAGAUUUUUUUGCGAUACUUGUGGGGCGGGAUUCGAAAAAUGUCCCGAUCUUUACAAGCAUCUCAAGGAACACGGGAAAGAGCGGUUUCAGUGUAAGGAGUGCGAUCGUUGGUUUUCACGUCGGGCUCACCUCCAGAGCCACGAAGUUAUUCAUACCAAAGAGAGGAACUUUAACUGCCAGAGCUGUUCGAAUUCGUACACGAGCAGCCGGAAUCUGCGGAGGCACGUUAAGAGUGCUCAUUUGGGAGAGAAACCGUUCGUGUGUGAUUUGUGUGGGAAGGAAUUUUCACAGAAAACGGUUCUGGAGGCGCAUCACAGCACCCACGUCCAGGAGCGGAACUUCUGCUGUGAGAUCUGUCGAAAAUGGUUUAAAUCCAGCAAGUUGCUUAAGCUGCACGAGUUGAGACAUGUGAAAAGUGAACUACCGAGGCAGGUAACGGAACCGGUUGAGUGCGACGUUUGUCACAAACUGUACUCGAGCAAGAUUUCUCUGCGGAGUCACAAACAGAUCCACUCCGAUGCGAAGAUUCUGUGCACUUUCUGCGACAAGAGUUUCAAAAUUAGGGCACAUUUGAAGGUCCAUCUCCGCAGUCAUACCAAAGAGCAACCGUACGAGUGUACGAUUUGUCAUAAAAAGUUUGGCUACGAAACAUCGCUCAAAACGCACAGGAUGGUGCACUCAGACGAACGUCCGUACAAGUGUGACACGUGCGAGCUUUCGUUUCGGCAGGUUAAUCAUCUGAAGGUGCACAAGUUUCUGCACAGCGGUCAGAAACCGUUCGAGUGUACUGUGUGUCACAAAUCGUUUGCCCUCCGGGGGAACUUGACAAUUCAUAUGCGAAUUCACGAUGGACUAGCUAGUAGUCCUUUUCAGUGUUACCUGUGCGAGGGGAAGAAACUGAACGAUUCGAAUGCGCUGAAACGACACCUGAAGGCACAUCCCAAUGCGAAGGCGGUUAAGAUGGGCACACUGACGGUGAUUAUCGAGCAGGAUGACGAUCCGGCCGACGAGGAAGACCAGCAGGAUAUGGCAAGUCAGUCUGAACCGGUCAGUAAUCAGAGCUGAUGUUGAAGGGAAUGGCUUUGGAGCAUAUUUUGUGGUCCGAAAUCCUUUCACGAAAAUUGAAAACUAGAGGUAGACAUAAAUAAAAUUAUUUUCUAUUCAAGUGUAGAAAGA